AUGGCCACGAAGGAUCCAUUAUACACUCGCAAGCAAGUGGAAUGUCCAAUCUGUUUAGAAAUCAUUCGCAAGAGUGCUGUUACAAAAUGCGGGCACCGUUUUUGCCAAGAAUGCAUCGAAAAAUCCAUGCGUCUUGGAAACCAUUAUUGUCCUACUUGUCGUGCCCACCAUCCUAGUCGUCGCUCACUCAAAGCUGAUGAAAAAUUUGAUAACAUUAUUGCAAAUCUGUAUCCGGAUAUUAUUAACCAGUACGAAGACGAGGAGUUAGAGCUCAAUGAAACAGAACAGAUUCGUAACGAACAGGUCAAAGCCACUAUACCCCAAACAGUUAAGCAACAAUCUGAAGCAAGUAGCAGCAAACGGGUAACAACUGUGGAAACGCAAAGAGAAGAGGAAACCAUCGUUGGACGCAUUUCUUUGAAAGGAACAAGAAAAGAUGGAGGACAAGAGUCUAGUGAAGUCAGACCACUAACUUCUCCUAUAGUCAGAACCAAGAAUCCGAUAAAAAGAAGAAAAAGAGUUGAACUAGUAAGCUUAUCUAAACUUUAUGAUACUCCUAUCAACGUCCAAGCUACUCCUUUAAAAACCAUAGAAGAGGUACAAAUAUGCGUCUCGAGCGAGAAUGAAGAGACAGAUUCAUCUUCUGGUGAUGACUGGUGUCCUUUAAGAUGGAAGAAGAGAGCCACAGGAGCUAGUGCAUCUGAUAAUCAGAUUAUCAUCCAAGACUUGCAAAGUAGGCCUAACGUUCAAACACCUGCCUUGUCCAGCAAGGAUAAAGGCAAAGCUCCUUGUUUUGCUGAAGUUAAUUUACCACCCAAGCCUUGUGAAACUAAAAGCGUAGAUGAUAGUGAUGCAAAUGGUUUUAAAGAAAUCAAAGUGGAAUUCUUAAGGACCAACGAAACGGCUUUGGGGCUACCGGAGAGUCUAGAAUGGGGAAGAAGCAGCAUGCGUAGUAGUAAUAUGCGCAAAAAGAAUGCAAGGAGAAACCGCAUUGAACGGUUGGUGAAUUAUCUUCAGAAUCACAAAACCACUCAAGAUGAGAUGGGAUAUCCAAAUCUCGCAUGGUUCAGUGGAUAUGGAAAAGGUUAA